GGUAAUCUCCCUACUUAUCUCUGUAUGCAGAAGCAUAUCGUAUUUCGGUUCAAAAACAUAUUCCAGAAUUCCCAUUGGAUCACACUUCUCAGUAUAUUGCAGUACAUGAGUUACUUUUAUGCACGUGUGAACUGAACAUGACGGUAACAGCAGAGUGCACUAUCGAUAUUUAUUGUUAAAAUAGUGGUUGGCGGCCGGUUGUACGAUUACAGGCCGUCGUUAUAAAAAGAUUUCAUCAUUCUCCACGUGAAAGUUGCAGCACAUAUGAGUAAAACAUGGCUCAUCAGUUAUUAAAUUCAGCAAGCAAAUUAGAAAAAUUUGUUCUUAAGUCUGUACAGAAGGGCCACUUCGACCAUUUUCAGCUGAGGAGACAAUUGUCAGGAUUAAAAAAUGGAAGAGGUAUUUCUACAAUUCAGUAUGUGCAGCAACAGUGGAGAUUGUUUACCGAACGCCCACCAAAGGGAUUUGAAAAGUUUUUCCAACCAGGAAAUAAAGGUGGUGCAAAAGAAAAACCAAAAUCCAAUGAAUCAGCUGCACAGGAAGCCAAGGGUAAACAAGCACCACCACCUAAAGAAGCACCUUCUUCUAGUGCCUCUGGUGCAAGUAAAAAACCAGUUAAUCAAUGGUCCCUUGGUGUAUUUGGACCAAACAGUCGAUCUGGUGGAAGUGGUAAAUCUGCUGAAGGGGGCGAUAAGGAAAAAUGGUUAGCAGUUGGUGUAAUCGGAGCAAUCAGUGUAAUUGGACUCUUUCUAUAUUCUGAUUAUGGCUACAAGGAGAUUACAUGGCGGGAAUUUGUAUACAGUUACUUAAACAAGGGAAUUGUUGAUAAACUAGAAGUUGUUAAUAAAAAAUGGGUACGAGUGAGACUACUACCUGGCCAAACGGUAGACGGUUAUAAUUUAUUAUGGUUCAACAUCGGAAGUGCAGAUACCUUUGAGAGAAAUUUAGAGAAUGCACAACUCGAACUGAAUCUUGAACCACAAAAUCAUCUUCCAGUUAUUUAUAAAAAUGAAAUGGAAAUGACCUCGUUGAUCUCAUAUGCACCAACAUUAAUUCUACUAGGUGUUGUUAUGUAUGUGAUGCGACGUUCCGCCGAUAUGAUGACUGGCGGCAGAGGAGGACGAAAAGGUGGUUUAUUCGGUGGUGUAAUGGAAUCUACAGCAAAGUUAAUAAACUCAAGUGAGAUAGGCGUACGUUUUAAAGACGUUGCCGGUUGUGAGGAAGCAAAAAUUGAAAUUAUGGAGUUUGUAAAUUUCCUUAAAAAUCCACAGCAGUACAUAGAUCUUGGUGCGAAGAUACCAAAAGGCGCAAUGCUUACAGGCCCACCGGGUACGGGUAAAACGUUGCUCGCAAAAGCAACAGCUGGUGAAGCCAACGUGCCUUUCAUUACAGUAUCAGGAUCUGAAUUUUUGGAGAUGUUCGUCGGUGUUGGACCUUCCAGAGUACGAGACAUGUUCGCGAUGGCACGUAAACACGCGCCUUGUAUAUUGUUCAUCGAUGAAAUUGAUGCCGUAGGAAGAAAAAGAGGAGGCCGAAGUUUCGGCGGACACUCGGAGCAGGAAAAUACUUUGAAUCAGCUUCUAGUAGAAAUGGACGGUUUUAAUACGACAACUAAUGUUGUGGUGUUAGCUGCCACUAACAGAGUAGAUAUUCUGGACAAAGCACUUUUACGGCCAGGAAGAUUCGAUAGGCAAAUUUUCGUACCUGCCCCAGAUAUUAAAGGGCGCGCAUCAAUUUUCAAAGUUCAUUUAGGUCCAUUGAAAACUACUUUAGACAAGGAUGAGCUUGCUAGAAAAAUGGCUUCUCUGACUCCUGGAUUCACAGGAGCUGACAUUGCAAAUGUUUGCAACGAAGCUGCACUCAUAGCAGCUAGAGACAUGAAUAAUGACAUUAAAUUGAAGAACUUCGAACAAGCUAUUGAGAGGGUAGUAGCUGGUAUGGAAAAGAAGACUAACGUUUUGCAACCCGAAGAGAAAAAAACAGUAGCCUAUCACGAAGCUGGACAUGCGGUAGCAGGAUGGUUCCUACAAUACGCUGAUCCACUUCUAAAAGUUUCCAUAAUACCCCGUGGUAAGGGAUUAGGUUAUGCUCAGUAUUUACCUCGCGAACAGUAUCUUUACACGAAAGAACAGCUAUUUGAUCGGAUGUGUAUGACUCUUGGAGGACGUGUAUCCGAAGAAAUAUUCUUUGGACGUAUAACGACAGGAGCACAGGACGAUUUGAAAAAGAUAACCCAAAGCGCUUACGCACAAAUAGUUCAUUACGGAAUGAAUGACAAGGUUGGCAAUGUCAGCUUCGAUUUGCCACAACAGGGUGAGAUGGUCUUAGACAAGCCUUACUCCGAGUAUACUGCUCAGCUUAUAGACCAGGAAGUACGUCAGUUGAUCGACUCAGCGCAUGUGCACACUCGUACUCUUCUGCAGCAGCAUAAGGAAGACGUAGCCAAGGUCGCUGAGCGUUUACUGAAGCAAGAAAUUCUGAGCAGGGAGGACAUGAUCGAAUUACUUGGACCACGACCCUUCCCUGAGAAAUCGACAUACGAACAGUUUGUCGAAGGUACAGGAUCCUUCGAAGAAGACACAACAUUACCAGAAGGACUUAAGGAGUGGAACAAGUCGAGGGACGAGUCUGAAAACGACGAAGGAAAAACAAAAGAGGCAGCCACUGGUACGGAACAACCAGCACCCGCUUCGGCAACAACAACAACAGAAACAAAAGAUCAACCACAACAGCGAUUGUAAUUAUUUCACCGUAGAUUAUAGUUUCUUCUGUACCUCAUCGUACUUUGUACAAUAGUUAAAAAUACAUAGUGUACUAAUAAAUGAUCGUUUUACUCUUUGUUUUAAUA